AUGCCGCGCCGGUUCCACUGGAUCUCUGAGCGCCUGGCAAUCCUCACUGUGGGGAAGGACCGACAGCUAAAGCUGAAUCCGGAGCCAACACAGGAGGUGCCAGAGCUGCCCAUCUAUGAGACAGUGCGCAAGAUCCCCACGGGCCGCAUGGACCUCAAAGAGAGGCAACGAUUGCGCGAGCAGAUGGACAUGUUAGAUAUCAAGCGGAAUGAGAACAUCCACAAGCGGAAGCAAGAAUCCCGACAGCGCUUCCUGCAGCAUGUCUUCUGGCUGAAGGAGGAGGCCGAAAGGAUGAAGCGGGAGCACCACGAGAAGCUAGAAGCCGAACGCACCCGCCGCGUCGCCAUGAAAGAGGAGCUGGAGCGAAGGAACAAGGAGGCCUCCCGGCUGGAGAAGGAGCGCCAGAGGCAGCGCCGCAUCGCCGUGGAGGCGAUGGAGGAGCGCGUGGAAGAGAGGGACGCGGAAGACUACAGGCAGCUGCGUGCUAGAUGGAAGAUGCGAGAUGCGGAGCGAGCCAAGGCGAUCCAAGAGGCAUUGGAGCGCAAGGACAAGGAUCUCGCAGAGAUUCGCGCCAAGCGCUUGCAGGAGAGGAAGCACGACGAGGAGAUCAUGCGCAAGCGCGAGGGCGCCUGGAGCUUGCGGGAGGACCGGAUCAAGCGCAAGAGCCAAGCCUGGCUCAAGGGAGUGCUGGAAGUCAAGGCGGAGCGCCUGCGGAUGGCGAAGAUGAUGCAGGAGCGAAACCAGGAAUACCUGAACUUUCUGCACAGUCGGCGCCAGCCCAUCUUUGAGGCCCAGCUCAAGCACAUGGAGGAGCGGAAGCAGGCCGCGGAGGCCAUCGCCCAGUCCACGGCAGCGUACCACGAGAAAAGGGCAGUGCCGAAGAAGGUGAAGAAGAAGGGCAAGAAUGCCCCAAAGGACGAGUUCAGCAAGGACAAGCGCGCCAGCAGAAAGGAGGGGGCGCAGGAGGGCGGUAAGUCCGACACUGACAAGCUCCUGGACGCCGUGGAAGCUAAAAUGCGGGCGGAGAUGGAAGAGCAGCAGCGCCGCGCGAAGUUCGAGCGGCUCCGGGACAAGCGGAUCAAGGAACUUGCAGAGGCGAGAUGA